AUGAAUUCGAGAAUCAAAAAAGAGAAACAAAGAGUAGAAGAGAGUGAUGAUAUUGAUAAUUAUGAUGGAGAUAAUAAGGAAAUUGAACUGAAUGAUUCUAAUGAUCAAAUAGAGAUUGAUAAUAGUAGUGGUGAUGAAGAUGAAAAUGAAAAUGAAAAUGAAAAUGAAAAUGAAAAUGAAAAUGAAAAUGAAAAUGAAAAUGAAAUAAUUGAGAUUGAAGAUAAAGCAAAGGAGGAAAUUAAUGAAAAAAUUAAUGACUUGAAUUUGAAAUUUGAUCCAAAGGGAAUAAAAAUGAUAACUAAAAAAAAAAGAAUAAAUAAAAAACUAGCUAAAAGAUUAUGGAAUCCACCAACAGAUGAGUUUAAUAAUAAUAUAAUUAAUAUACUUAAAUUACAUGUUGAGCCCUCAUUAAGCAAAUACAAAUUAGAUGGGUUCAAGAAGAAAGGAAGGGCAUUGUUAUAUGAAUUGAUAAAUGGAUUUGAAGAGGUGUUAGAGAAGAUUAAUUUACCAUCUGACAAUUUCAAAAAUGAGAUUAGUAAAUUCAAUUUGGACUAUUUGAAUCGACGAAUAAAAUUUUUAGAGAAUAAUUAUUCGUUAAGUUUACAGCAAUUGGAGACGUUAGAAAAACGAUUAAAUAAGGAAAAAAUUUUGAUAAAAAACGAUGAAGAUUUUUUAAAUGAGAUGAAAGAGAACUUAAAAAAACAAGAAAAUUUGGUUAAUAGACAAAAAAUUGGGACAUUUACGAAAGAUAAUAAUGAUAAUGAAGUUGAAUUAAACAUUCAGAACAAUGAAAAUGAAAUAAUUAAAUUGGAUUUUGAUGAUUAUAAAUUUUUAAAAGAAAAUGGGGAUAUUAAAGAUUUAAGUGAGUUUGAAGAAGAAAUUUUCAAUUACAAUCCCAUCAGAGAUGAAAAAUUGAGACCUCUACUAGAAAGUUUAAAUGAAAUUUUGGAUAAGAUUAGUUCGAAUGUCAAGGAAUUGAGGGAAAUUGAUGAUAUGAGCGAAACCAUAAAUAACUAUUUGAACUGA